AUGUCGUUUUUUGAAAACAUACGAGACAAGGCCGUUAGUACAUUCAAUCAGGUUCUUGACCGAAAGUCAGAGUCAGGUCUAACAAAGGAUGAGCAAUUUUGUAUUGAGAAUAACCUUCCCGAUAAUGAACUUAUAAGGGCUGAAAGCGCUGCUGAGAUUAGGGUAAAGUCGGAUCAUUACAAAGAUAUUUAUAAGGGAAUACCCUUGCCGCAAGGUAAGAUCUACGUAACUGACCAUUUUUUAAUAUUCAGAGACGCAUACGAUAAAAAAAAUUGCUCCUUUACAUUCAAUUUAUCUACAAUAAAGAAAGUUGAAAGAUUGCAAUCCGUAAAUUAUGGGUGUGCUUUAGCAGUUAGCACUCACAGCAAAAUGACUAUCAUUUUGUACCUCGUGGGAUUGAGAUCAGAAUGUGACCAUUUUGCUAACUCUUUAAAGGUAGUUUUGAGAAGUAAUCUACCUAAUGUCCCUAAACUUCAAUCUUUCAUUCAAACCUGUUAUUCUGAAUACUUAUUAUCUAAGAAUAAGAUAUCUAAUGAGAAAGUCGAGCAUGUUCCAAGUGGUGGUUUAGGAUUACUAUUCAAGUUCCCAGGUGACGCGAGGGAGUCUCGAGACAAAGCUAAAAUGAAGCUAUGGUUUGAUCUUUUCAGAGUAGAUGGGCGUAAUAUAUCCAUAGUCAAAACUCCCAUGUUUUAUAGGCUAGUAAGAGUCGGGCUACCAAAUAGAUUAAGAGGUGAAAUAUGGGAGCUCUGUUGUGGAUCCAUGUAUUUGAGAUUGGACAAUCAAGAAAAAUAUUCAGAGAUAUUAAAAGAAAAUGAGGGAAAAAAAUCCGUGGCUAUUGAAGAAAUCGAGAAGGAUUUGAAUAGGUCCUUGCCUGAAUAUGCAGCGUACCAAGAUAAGGAAGGGAUUAAUAGGCUAAGGCGAGUUCUUACUGCCUAUUCAUGGGAAAAUCCCGAAGUUGGAUAUUGUCAAGCAAUGAACAUAGUCGUAGCUGCUUUGUUGAUAUACAUGUCGGAAGAGCAAGCAUUUUGGACUCUCAAUGUCUUGGUUGGCAGGAUUGUACCGGGAUAUUAUUCAAAGACGAUGUAUGGAACCCUUUUAGAUCAAAAGGUUUUUGAAUCACUAGUUCAAGAGACUAUGCCUUUACUUUGGGAACAUUUGAAUAAAUAUGACAUACAGUUAUCAGUCGUAUCAUUGCCAUGGUUUUUAUCUUUGUAUUUAAACUCAAUGCCACUUGUAUUUGCUGCCAGAAUAAUCGACGUGUUUUUUCUUCAAGGUCCUAAGACACUUUUUCAAGUGGCGCUUGCAAUAUUGAAGCUAUGCGGUGAUAGCUUAUUAAAAGCUGAAGAUGAUGGUUCUUUUAUUUCUAUUAUUAAAGAUUACUUUCAAACCUUAGAUUUAUCAGCGCAUCCGGCGUCACCAAAUGCUAAAUACAGACAAGUAACGAAAUUUCAAGAACUUUUGGUUACCUCAUUUAAAGAAUUUUCGAAUGUUGAUGAGGAACUUAUUAACAAGCAUCGGAACAAACAUAGAGAUACAAUCUUUCAGAAUAUCUCGACAUUUGUGAAACGUACCGAAUUAAGAAACUUACCUAAAGUAAGUAAUUUGGAUCAAACCACUUUAAGUAUCAUUUACGAUCGAUUUUAUUCUAUUGUACAGGCUCAAAAUAUUACAGGAGGAGGCUCUAGCAUGAUGGAUUUUCAAGCAUUCAACAAAUUUAUGUCAGAAGUAUGCGACUGGGUUUCGGUCUCGGGAAAUGAUGUCGAAUUAGAAAAUGGCCGUCCAUUCUUACAACGUCUCUACAAGAACUGGGUCUCAAAUCCAAAAGAUGGAUUGACUUUGUAUGAUCUUGUCUUGGGUUUGAAUAAGCUCAUUGAUCCUGAUUUGAUGACAGCCUUGAACAAUUUUUUCAAGUUAUAUGACACUGAACUGAAGGACAGGAUAGAUCGAGAAGGAAUAUUACAGCUUUCUGAAGAUCUAUUAUUUAUUACAAUGCCUUGGAGAGAUUGCUACUUACUAGAUCUGAUCACUGAAAAUGCUAUUGAAAACGCCAUCGCAGAUAAGAUCAUCGAAAUGAAAAAGGAGGAAGGGAUAGACCCUCUGGAUUCAAAUAUUAAAUUGCCCACAGAAAUUGAUAUAAAUAAGCAAAAAUUAGAAAAUCAGCAGGUGGAACGCUACUUAUCCGCUGCGAGUACUUUUAUCCAAAGAGCCUUUGAAUAUGCGCAACCAGAAAAAGAAGAGACAUUAAUAAAAGACUUAGCAAUCGAUUCAAAGAUUUCUCAUAAUGCAGCAUUGGAUCCUAAUUCUCCGGUAUAUGUAAACUUGCCGACGUUUCGGAUGGUUAUUCUAGCUGAUGAAACUUAUGAAUUACUUUUUACCCGAACAUUGAGGUGUUCAUUCCAUCUCGCAAAGCCAAUCGACCCCAAAUUAAGUGGAAUUCGUAACUUGAGGAGCAUGUUCGAUGGUUUGUUGGCCGAUGGUAGAGAAGUUGCCAAUAAAGUUAGACGCCGCAUGGAUUCUGCUGCUUCUAAUGCUCUACAUAACCAUGUCAAUCCCAGUGACCAAUCAUCUGACCAUUCGUCCAAGUCGAAAGGUGAUGAUGAAGAAGAAAGAGAUGACGAUUUCGGAGUCAUAUCAAUCAAUGAACACGAUAAGGAUCUUCUUCUUGGAUCUGAAGCUCAAGCUUUCAUGGAUUCAAGUGUUCCAGUCACGGGGACUGAUAUUAAACAAUCGCACUUUCAUGAGAAAAGUAGACCAAAAGAAGAGCAUGACGAGAAGACAAAAGCAAGUGACAAUCUCAUUGAAUUUGAAACUUAG